AUGGGCGGUCACUAUGUGGAGCCUCCACUUACCCGCUCCAGUGCAUCCGCGAAAGCUUCGCGGACCCCGUUCAGCCAAGUGCCGAAUCCAUUGGCCACGGCCUCGCUGCCAUCGAUUGCGCUGGCGCAAUGGAUGCAGCCCAUGAUCUCACUGGGCUCGCGGCAGAUUCUGGAGCUCGACGAUAUGUGGCCCGUGUGUCCGUCCGACGCCUGCGAGGCACUCGAGCAACGGUUCCGACGAGUGUACGAGCCGCAUCGGCGACAAGUGUUUGGCCUGUCACCGGUGUUUGUGGCGUACUUGAGGACAUUCCAGACGCAGAUCAGUACGUACGUGACGAAAGCUCUGCUGGGGUUCCUGAAUGGCGAGGAGAAUGUGUUUCAAAUUGAGAGCGGCUACUGGCUGGUGGCGAUGAUGACCGGAAGCUCACUGGUGGCGGUGUGCGCACUUAAUUAUCUGUUCUUCGUGGCGUCACGAAUCGGCUCCAACAUGCGCUCGUUGACCAUGUCCCUGGUGUACGAGAAGGCGCUGAAGUUGUCCAGUGCGGCCAGGCAGGAGUACACGACGGGCGAGAUUUUGACGCUCAUGAGUGUGGAUACGGAGCGCGUUUUCACUGCAAUGGUGCAGGGCCCGUGGCUCGUUAUGGGACCGCUAGCGUUUGUUGUAUCGUGCGUGUUGAUUGGGUUCCUCUUCGACUUUUACGCUGCUCUGGCCGGCGCGGUCGUGCUCACUGCCGUUAUGGUCAUUUCCGUUCAACAAGGAGACCGCAUUGCUGACCUGCAGAGAAGAUUGUUGCAAGUUAUUGAUGAACGAGUGAAGGUGACGUCCGAGGGGUUGCAGGGCAUCCGCGUCAUGAAGUUCUAUGCGUGGGAAGACUCCCUGGCCCAGCGCGUGGAGAAGCUCCGAGUCCGAGAAGUGGGUCUGCUGCGCAAGUUCCACUCGUACCAGGUGAUCAACACGGUCAUGCUGUUCAUCACGCCGACGUUCCUAUCGGGCGCUACGCUGGGCACGUACGUGUUGAUUCGACACACGAUCACGGUGGUAGAGGCGUUCACGCUGGUGGCCAUGGUCAACAUCAGUCGAGCAGCACUGAACCAGCUACCACUAGCGAUCGGCGGCUUGUCAAAGGCGAAGAUUGCCUACUCCCGCAUUGAUGCGUUCCUGUCCAGUAGCGAAGUGGCGACUGUACCAUCGAGUUCAGGUAAAGCGGUUCAGUCUACCCCGACAAGCAAAGCACCUCUUCUUUCAGCAUACACCGAAGAGGAGAAAGUUGCUGUUGGUCGUGGGUAUAUUUCCAUCCGGGACGGAUCAUUCGAAUGGCCGGCAAAUUUGAAUGGAGGUGACGUCGUAGUGGUGACUCCAGCAGAAGAAGAAGACACCCGACGUGAAUCACUUGAAAAACCUGCUAAUAGUCUCAGAACUAGUGGCCAUGCGGAUCAACAAUCACCUCUGUCCAGCAGCAAACAAGGGUUCCAGCUUCAGGGCGUAAAUAUCGAGAUCGAGCGAGGCUCGCUCGUGAUGAUCGUUGGAAAAGUCGGGUCGGGUAAAUCGAGCCUCGUGAAUGCCAUCCUCGGUGAAAUGCCGCGUACGUCGGGUAUGCUCGAGAUCAGUGGACGCGUGGCCUACGUCAGCCAAGACACUUGGAUCCGCAACGCUACUCUGCGUGACAACAUCCUCUUUGAGCAAGAAUACGACCCUGAAUUGUACGCGCGAGUGCUAGAGGCUUCACAACUGGCGAUGGAUUUGAAAGCGCUGCCGAAUGGAGACUCGACGGAGAUUGGAGAACGUGGAAUCAACUUGAGUGGCGGCCAGAAGGCUCGUGUGGCGAUCGCUCGCGCGAUGUAUCGAUCCGGAACGGAUGUGCUGCUUCUGGAUGACCCCUUGAGUGCAGUUGAUCCGCACGUUGCCCACGCGAUUUUUGACGAAUGCGUUGUGAAGUUAGCGACAGGUCAAACGCGAUUGUUGGUUUUGAACAGCCACUACGAUUUACUGGCCCGCGCAGACCACAUUGUGAUGGUGCACGACGGAGCUGUCGCCGCGCAAGGUUCUUACAAUAGUGUACUCGCCCAGUUCCCGCACUUGGCAACGCACGGCACCAGCAUUGAAGGAGAUGGCAAGAAUUCCAAUGACGAGACUUCUAGAGUUGACGAAGAAGGUAACGACGAUGUUUUACAGAUUGCUAGCGGCGACAACCAGAAUACGCAGACAGACCAAACUGAAAUCGCAAAGGCUGAGGUCAUAUUAGAGCCUGAGGCAAAAGAGGAUAAAGCUGCGGGGCGACUUAUCCGAGCUGAAGAUCGAGUGAAGGGAAAAGUGGGCGCGCGCGUGUACAAGACGUACUUCGACGAAACAGGAUACAACGGUCUGGUUGUCAUCUUAGUGAUUGUCCUGGCAUAUUGUGCUGGGCAAGCCGCGCGCACAGUGGUGGAUUGGUGGCCUGGCCAUUGGGCUCGCAACAUGCCGCGCCGGGGUGUGGAUCCAUCGUACUCGGGAACUACCUUCGGCAUGUGGUAUCUCGGUUUCCUCGUCCUUUGCACGGUGCUAUCCUUCGGUCGUGCCCUGAUGAUCAUCGAGUCGUGCGUUCGUUCUUCACAAAAUAUGCACGACGAGCUGUUCAGGCGCGUGUUACGAGCACCAGUGACGAGAUACUUCGACGUGACGCCCAUGGGGCAGAUUUUGAACCGCUUCUCGAAUGACUUGGACCAAAUGGACUCGAUCCUCCCUCAAGAGUACCAGUUGCUGCUUCAGAACGCAUCGUUGGCCCUGGGCGCGCUCAUUGUCUCGGCCUUUGCUUCCUACUGGAUUGGAGUGGCGUACAUUCCGAUCUUCCUCAUCUUUCUCUACAUCGGCCAGUACUUCAAAAAGUCUUCACGCGAGAUCAAGCGACUUGAGGGGGUGACGCGGACGCCCGUGUACAACCUCUUCAGUGAAACCCUGUCGGGUCUCGACACGAUUCGCGCGUUCCGCAUGGAGGACAACUUCACCAAGCAAAACCGACGAGUGGUGGACACCAACGCGAACUUGUACCUCACGUACUGGGCUGCGAGUCGAUGGCUGGCCACGCGGUUGGACUUCCUGUCGGUCGCGAUAAUAUUUAUUGUCUCGCUUUACCUCGUAGCUACCGCUGGAUCGGUUGGUUCGUUGACCUCUGGACUCUCACUCACGUACUCACUGAUGUUGACGUCAAUGGUGCAGUGGGUUAUGCGCUCGGUUGAUCGUACAGACAAUGCCAUGACCAGUGUCGAGCGACUACUGCACUUCCGCAAGAUCGAAAACGAGGAUUCUGCUGGCAAAACAAUCAGUGAGUUGACUCCCAAGGAUCCUCAAUCACCUGGAGGAGCAACUCUGUCAUGGCCGUCGCGUGGCACGAUUCGAUUUGAAGGUCUCUGUCUCCGCUACCGACCCGAACUCCCACUCGUGCUCAAGGGCGUCGACAUGGACGUCGCCGCCGGAGAGAAAGUCGGCAUCUGCGGACGCACGGGCGCCGGCAAGUCCUCGCUCAUGGUCGCGCUCUUCCGCAUCUGCGACUUCGACAGCGGUCGCGUGCUCAUCGACGACGUGGACAUCUCGAGCGUGAACCUGCGCGAGCUGCGCCGCAGCCUGGCCAUCAUCCCGCAGGACCCCGUGCUGUUCAGCGGCCCGCUGCGAGAGAACCUGGACCCGUUCCACGAGUACGCGGACGAGCGCAUCUGGCGCGUGCUGCAGCAGGUGCACAUGGCCGAGAGCCUGCGUCGCUGGGGCGCGGGCCUCGACUUCGAGGUGGCCGAGGGCGGAGACAACCUGUCGGUGGGCCAGCGUCAGCUGAUCUGCGUCGGCCGCGCGCUGCUCAAGGACAGCAAGGUCGUUGUGCUGGACGAGGCCACGGCCAACGUCGACACGGCCACGGACGCGCUCAUCCAGUCGACCAUCCAGGACACGUUCCAGGCCAAGACGGUGCUCAUCAUCGCGCACCGCAUCCACACCAUCAUGCACUGCGACAAGAUCGCGGUGAUGGAUGCGGGCCGCGUGGCCGAGUUCGGCUCUCCUUUGGAGCUGCUGGCGAGGCCGCAGUCCGUGUUCGCUGCGUUGGCCAAGCGAUCGGGAACUGUAUAA